CAGCAGAAGCAGGGGAAAACCGGUGGGCUGUCCGAUGGUUUCCAGGCGGAGAACUUCAUCCCGGGGCUCGUAAUCGGUUUCAUUCUCGGACUGCUCAUAGAUUUGUCGACUAAACCGUUUAAAGGUUCAUCAUCUACUGCCACCAAGAAGAAUUUCUUACCUGGGAAACCCCAGCAGCAAAAUCCGGACUCCUCUGACGGUGACAAUAACCGUGUUUUGGUGGUUAGGCAAGACUUGAAGAUGGGUACUGGAAAGAUUGCCUCACAGUGUGCUCGAAAUGAGACACAUUUUCUUCGUGUGUGGGUUUGCAGUGAUCGCUUGCUUCUGAGACGGUGGGAACAAUGUGGGCAGGCUAAAAUAGUUGUUACUUGCAAAAAUCAAACAGAAAUGAAUAAGCUCAAGGAAGCAGCUGAGAACAUCGGCCUCCCAACAUUUGUGGUCGCUGAUGCUGGAAGAACACAGGUAGGACUUUCGAAGAAUUGGUUCAUCAAUUUACUGAUUAUAUUUAUGGAAAGAAGUUGUCCAAAUAAAGUGAAGCCUGGAUAUCUUAAGUGCAAGGUUGCUGCUGGCUCACACACGGUUAUGGCUGUUGGACCUGGUCCAAAAUCAUCAGUGGAUUCCGUUACAGGGAAACUACGCCUUCUCUGAUAACCUGGGGAGAAGAGCGAACGAGCUGCCUGCCUAGUCAAGUCUAUAUCAUCAUCAUCAUAGUAUGGGAUCAGGCACUCGGUGAAGCUGAUUCUGUCUCUUUAGUCCGCUGAAUAUUUUGAUGUAUUAGCGUGCGCCAGGAUACGAGAAUUAGCGUUUGGGAUCUGUAUCAAAUCAUUUGUUUGGAUGUUAAAGUAGAUUAUUGCAUGUGAUUUUGCUAUUGAGCAUAUGGUUCGUGGCUCUCCUCGCUCUGUUUAACCAUUGUGUCUGGAUUGAUAUGGAGGCAGACAUUCCUAUCCUUGAUCUGCAUAACCUUUGUAACAAAUAAAUAUGAAGCUUUGAGACUGUGAUCUCGAGCCUAAGAUCGACCGACAGUACUGCUAUACUACAAAUGGGCCAGAGGUUCAACCGGCCAAGCUCCUUUGGUUCGGGACUUGGCGGGAAGGGGUGAUUGGUUGGUCGCUUCCGCACACGACGCCGUUCUAUCAUUCUGAGGUAAGCUGGAUUCAUAGCGACAAGAAAAUUGUAAAACCCCACAAAAACCCCUUUCGGCAAUCCUCCUCAAAUCUGG